UGACGGCAAACAGCAACCCUUUCUUGAUCUACCCCCAACGCGAUUAAAGCCCGUUUGUUUUUUACUCUGCCCGACGAAUAAGGCAAAAGCAGCAAAAAUGUUUUACACGUGUGGACCCAAUGAAGCCAUGGUGGUCUCAGGAUAAAUAUACGUUUAGACCAGUGGUUUUGAACCUGGUUCGAGCAAACCCUAGGGGUUUGGUGAGUCAAUCUCAGGGGUUCAGCAGAGCCUCUUCUGCAGAGGACCGAACACACCUGAUUUAGCGUGUAAAUUCGUGAUGACACAUAUCUGAAGUGGUCUCGCAAAGGCAACAGCAGAAGUCAUGCUGAUUUGCAGGCUUUGGCCGCUCGCCUCCUCUCAUGAUCGCCGGAGGACGAGUGUUUGUCAUCCCAUGUAUUCAACAGAUUCAGAGGAUCAUGCUGAACACACUGACGCUGAACGUGAAGAGCGACAAAGUGUACACCCGCCAUGGUGUCCCCAUCUCUGUCACGGGCAUUGCUCAGGUGAAGAUCCAGGGCCAGAACAAGGAGAUGCUAGCGACUGCCUGCCAGAUGUUCAUGGGCAAGUCGGAGCCCGAGAUUGCCCAGAUCGCCCUAGAGACGCUGGAGGGCCACCAGAGGGCCAUCAUUGCUCACCUCACCGUGGAGGAGAUCUACCAGGACCGCAAGAAGUUCUCCGAGCAGGUCUUCAAGGUGGCUUCCUCGGACCUAGUCAACAUGGGGAUUGGAGUGGUCAGCUACACCCUCAAAGAUGUCCAUGAUGAUCAGGAUUACCUCCACUCGCUGGGUAAGGCCCGGACGGCCCAGGUGCAGAAGGACGCCAGGAUCGGAGAGGCUCAGUACAAACGGGACUCCGUCAUCAGGGAAGCCCAGGCCAUGCAGGAGAAGGUUUCCGCUCAGUACAAGAAUGAGAUCGAGAUGGCUAAAUCCCAGCGGGACUACGAGCUGAAGAAGUCGGCCUAUGACAUGGAGGUCAAUACUAAGAAGGCGGAGUCGGAAAUGGCCUAUCAGCUUCAGGUGGCCAAGACCAAGCAGCGCAUCGAGGAGGAGAAGAUGCAAGUGCAGGUGGUGGAGCGCAGCCAGCAGAUCAUGCUGCAGGAGCAAGAGAUUGUCCGCAAGGAGAAGGAGCUGGAGGCUAAGGUCAAGAAGCCCGCUGAGGCCGAGAAGUAUCGUCUGGAGAAGCUGGCCGAGGCUCAGCGCCUGCAGCUCAUCAUGGAGGCAGAGGCCGAGGCCGAGUCCAUCAGAAUGACGGGAGAGGCGGAGGCCUUUGCCCUGGAGGCCAAAGGUCGCGCCGAGGCUGAGCAGAUGGCCAAGAAGGCCGAGGCCUUCAAGCAGUAUGGAGAGGGAGCCAUGGUGGACAUGCUGCUGGAGAAGCUUCCUCUGAUGGCGGAAGAGAUCAGCAAGCCACUUUCGUUGGCCCAGAAGGUCACCAUGGUGUCCAGCGGCGGAGCGGAUGUGGGCGCCGCAAAGCUGGCCGGCGAGGUCCUGGAGAUUAUGACCCGCGUGCCCUCGGCGGUGGAGAAGCUCACCGGAGUGGACAUCUCCCAGCAGGUGACGGGGCAGGCCGUCCGUGUGCAUUAGUUCGCCAUUGACCAGUCAUACGACGUCCUCUCCCCACCUCCCUGCGUGUGUGAGUCUCAGCCAUAUCCAACCGCGCGUAUCCGUCUCUGUUUUUUGACCUCCUUGUCAUAUCUCCCACAAGUGCUUUUUACCCACCGGGCAAAAUCCGUUACGCUGCAAAGCCUCAAAAAGAGUCAAUGGGUAAAGUUUGUCAAUUGGACGAGCUUUCUGUCCGCUAUGCUGGUCUGUGAAAUCAAGUUAGUGUUUGCAAUGCAUGUUGUUACCGCCAGCUCAGCUCAGCUACAGAGAGUCAUCGGGCCACACUGAAAAGAACAAGUGGUAACUUUUCCAGGACAAAAAGUCAUGAGACAAAAACGAUCAUUUUCAUGCGAGUUAGAGAAUUAAGUUUCAACAUGUUGUGAUUUUAGGAAUAAACUAAACGGUUUAGCGGAAUAAAAUAUAUAAUAUAACCAACUCAGUGGUUAGAGUGUCCGCCCUGAGACUGGAAGGUUGUGGGUUCAAACCCCGGCCGGGUCAUACCAAAGACUGUAAAAAUGGGACCCAUUGCCUCCCUGCUUGGCACUCAGCAUUAAGGGUUGGAAUUGGGGGUUAGAAGGAGUGGAGCUCUUUACAAGCCCUAGGCUUCGUCUCCCUCCUUGCACAGUUAUUGAUAUAAUAUGUGCUAAACAAUAAACUAAACUAAUAUACUGUAACAUUAAGAGAAUAAUGCUGCAUUCUUUAGUGUGAAAGUCAUCAAAUUCAGAGAAGUUUGUAAUGUUAAGAAAAAUUUGAUGUGGACGCUACGAGAAUAAUGGUAGAAUAAAAGUGUGGCAUUUCAUUAACAUUGGAAUAUUACAGGAGAAUAGUCACCAGGUUACAGUGAAAAGUCCAAUCAAAAUCAUAUGAAGAUUUGUGACUAUAAUAUUGCUGAGUGAAAUGCUUAUCAGGACAAAAGUACAUGUUUCCUCAAAAAAUGAUACCUUUUCUCUGAAAAUAAAAACUUGAACGGCAUAAAUUCUUACAAAUUAAUUCUUUUUUCCCCGCUCACAGUCUUAAUAGAUACAUUUAUUCUAUUUCAACUUAUAACAUGUAUUCUUAGAAAAGUGAGAAUUUUCUUUUUAAUGUGACCAAGAUCCUCUUUAAUAUGCAAUUUAAUUUGAGAGGAGGCGGUAGUUGGGAGUACGUGGCUGCUCGUGGCACCUCCUGAAAGCUAUAGCAAGUGUUUUGGAUUGUUCAUGUACGUCAACGUUACGAACUCGGCCACGCUGCUUUGAUGACUAAUUGUCUACGAGUAUAAAGAUGUUGUUAGGCUCACCUAGAGGUUUUUCUACUUCAGUUUGGUUUCAGUUUUUAACGCUUUACUAACGACCCAAAGCUGGAUGGAUGCAUGUCAUCACCGUGAAGUGCCUGCCUGCUUCAACUCCUCGUCAAACCUCAGCGCUCAUGCGCUCAACCUGUUACGAAUCAGGGAAGAAGAAGAAAAAAAAAAAUCACCUUAUAUCUGAAUAGGUUCUGUCACAAAGGGCUGGAAAAUUUCCAUGGGCAGUUAAGAUAGGAAAGCAUAAGUCAACAUUUCGAUGUAUUCCCGACAAAUCCUAUGGAAAGCUUCCAGUUUGUGCAAGCCUAUAUGCGAGCCAUCAUGCCGCCACUGCAGGUGCCUCUUCAUUUUUCAGUGUAACCCUUUUUAAACAUCUACUUUUUAUUAUGUUACAACAAAGCAUGUGUAGCCCCAGUGAUAAUGUUAAAUGUGCAGCAUUUAUCUGUAUUAAAGUGACAUUCGACAAAUAAAGUUCUGCUUUAAUUAUUGGAAA